CCCGUCCUGGCUGGCUUUGCUGCAUUGCUAUGAUGGAUCCUCCAUAACAAGAAGGCGGAAUGAUGCGCGCGAUAUGAGGGCCAAACGGCGUAAACGGUAACAAGUGCUCGAAUGUGGUACUGUUGAUCCACCUCCCCUCCGCGUUUCGUUUCGGUAUCAAAUGGCUGAACUUCUUCCCACUUUCCGUUCCCUUUUAAUACAGAGCUCUCACACCUGUUGUUGGACUUACUUCAUUGGCAGGUCACUUCCCUCUAGUUGACACCUACCUCCCUUGUAUCGAGAAACUCAGCAUCAUCCAAACGCUUGUGCAGACACAGAGACCAAGCCAACCUUGCCAUCAUGGGUUCAAUGGCGAAGAAACGCAAGGUGGAUUCCGCGCAACAGGAAUAUACCACUUCUUUCGCUUUCUUCGAGGCCGUUUGGGAGGCUGGUAUCACACAUGUCUUCGUCAACUUGGGCUCCGACCACCCCUCCAUCAUGGAAGCCAUUGUCAAGGGUCAAAACGAGAAGGAAGGGAACUUUCCCAGGAUCAUCACAUGUCCCAAUGAGAUGGUUGCACUAUCCAUGGCCGACGGAAUGGCCCGCUUGACGAACAAACCUCAAUGUGUGAUUGUCCAUGUCGAUGUAGGAACACAGGGUCUCGCUGCUGCCGUCCAUAAUGCCUCCUGCGGUCGUGCACCCGUCCUCAUCUUUGCCGGCCUCUCCCCUUACACGAUAGAAGGCGAAUAUCGAGGGUCAAGAACAGAAUACAUACAUUGGAUACAAGAUGUGCCGGAUCAGAAACAGAUUGUGUCACAAUACUGCAGAUAUACUGGCGAGAUCAAAGCUGGACGCAACGUGAAGCAGAUCGUCAACCGUGCUUUGCAGUUCGCGACGAGCGACCCGCAGGGGCCGGUCUAUCUUUGCGGUGCUCGUGAGCCAAUGGAAGAGGACAUUGAGCCUUAUCAUCUCGACCAAGGUGUCUGGCACGCCGUUGGGGCUACUGCUCUGCCACAAGAUGCCGUCGAGAUGAUUGCGAAGGAGUUGGUCAAGGCCAAAGAACCCCUCAUGAUUGUGGGCUUCACCGGUCGAAAUCCAGCAUCCGUCGAGGCAAAUGUGGCCCUCGCCGAUAAGAUACCUGGAUUGAGGGUGCUCGAUACUGGCGGAAGUGACAUGUGCUUCCCAACAAAUCACCCGGCAGCUUUGGGCCUGAGAUAUGGUUCGGAGCCAUCCAUCACAACGGCAGACUUCAUCCUGGUGGUCGAUUGUGAUGUGCCCUGGAUCCCUACCCAGUGCAAGCCUCGAGCGGACGCCAGAAUUGUCCACGUCGACGUCGAUCCCUUGAAGCAGCAAAUGCCAGUGUUCUAUAUUCCGGCCAUGGCUCGCUUCAAAGCUGAUUCCGCAACGGCCUUCUCCCAGAUCAACGACUACCUCUCCUCGAGCUCCGAACUCACCGCCGCGCUCUCCGAUAAGUCGCACGCCGCGGCAGCCAAGAAGAGGCAAGCGGCGUAUGAUGCGCGAUGGGGCCAUUUCAAAGAGCUCGCGAAGCUACCCUCAGACCCGGCGAAUGCCUCGAUCGACCCCCAUAUUCUCGGUGGACAAAUUCGCGCCACCGUGCCCGAGGACACGAUCUUCGCAGUGGAAGCCGUCACCCUCACGGGCUUCAUUGCCGAUCAGAUUGCGCCCGUGCUACCCAAGUCGUGGAUCAACUGCGGCGGCGGCGGUCUCGGCUGGUCUGGUGGGGGUGCCCUCGGCGUCAAGCUCGCGAGUGACUUCCAGCACCGUGACCUCGCCUCCGGCGACCGCACCGGUGCCACGAAGGGCAAGUUUGUGUGCCAGAUCGUCGGGGACGGCACCUUCAUGUUCAGCGUGCCGAGCUCGGUUUAUUGGAUCGCACAGCGGUACGACAUCCCGAUCCUGACGGUCGUGCUCAACAACAAGGGGUGGAACGCCCCGCGACGUUCCAUGUUGCUCGUCCACCCGGACGGCGAAGGAAGCAAGGUCGACAACAAGGCGUUGAACAUCAGCUUCGAACCGACACCAGACUACGCCGGGAUUGCCAAGGCUGCGAGCGGCGGAAAGGCCUGGGCCGGCACGGUGGAGACUGUGCAGGAGCUGCUUGACCUGUUACCUCAGGCUGUAAAGGCCGUGAGAGACGAAGGGAGAGCGGCAAUCCUGGAGGUCAAGCUGGGUUCCGACCUCGGCACGAAGAGAGGCGUGGUGAAUGGUUCCCAAGUCGGGGCGACCAGUGGAUGAUGAUCAUCCUUGUUGCGGAGAGUGAAUCGAAAUCGAAUCGAGUCAUGUACAGUGCAAUUUAGUUCUGUUGUGAAAUAAGCAGAAAAUGGACGAGAAGGAUACAGACAAACGUCCACCGCUGGCAGUUCGUGACAAUAGGUUUCAUCGAUGAACAAGAGUAGGCAGGUUUGUAGUCAGUUUCAUGAGGGCUUGGGUAUUGUCCCUUGAGUGAAGGAUUGACAUGCCCGAC